AUGCUUGUAACAAAAACGCGACUGAAGGAUGUAGGUCUCGACUCCCGCAGUAUGGGGAGAUUGGCGCCACUGGUGAUACGGUUGGCCACCGUGUCACUAGUGGCGUUUGUCCUUGCCGAACCUGGCAAUGGCGGCGACCAGUCGGUUGCGAGAGCCGACCAGUCGGUGGCGAGAGUCGACCAGUUGGUGGCGAGAGUCGACCGGGACACUGCUCUACCAGCGCCCGGGACUGCUCCACCACCACCUCGCCGCGCUGGCAAACGCGAACGUAACCGUAAACGAACCACGACCACCACCACGACGGUAGAUCCAGACAAACAUGAUGUCGGGAAUGUGCCCACUACCGUCACCACGACGACAACCGCUGACCCAAGGACCCAGGACCAUACUGACAAUCAUCACCACUUAACACAACAGCAUGAAGCGUCAGCGUGCGACUGCGCCGGCGCCGUCCGGGCCGCAGCGCCGCUGGCCGGGGAAGCAGCACAAGCGUCGACGCCGCCGCACUACGACUACGACGACUACCACAGAAUCAGUAGAGACGGAACCAACGACACUCUACAGACGACCACGAUUGACCCAAGGACUAUUGACCAUACUGAAGGAGGAAGUUGCUACGUGCCGCUCGGGAUGGAAAAUGGAAUGAUUUCCAAUGAAUCCCUUUCGGCAAGUUCCAGCUACGAUCAAAGUGUUUCGCCGCUAAGUUCUAGAAUCCGUACGGAGAUCAAGGGAGGUGCUUGGUGUCCAAACGGUUUGAUCUCGCCGAAGAGUCGCCAGUUCCUCGAGAUCGACCUACGUGACGAAUACCUGAUUACUGGCACCGAGUCUCAAGGCAGGUUCGCUAACUCCGUUGGAGUAGAAUUUGUCGAGAGCUACUCGGUUGAAUUGGCGACUCGCUCUCAACCGCUGGGUCAAAUACAAAGAUUUCAACGGAAGCAGGAAGAUGUAAUUGCAUACUCGGCCCCGAAGGGCGGGGAUAUGCAAGCGAUGACCGGUGGUGCUCGAUUUGAAGACCUCGGCUACGACGGGACUUUCCGAGAAGGCCGACUAAUUAAUGGCCUCGGUCAGAUGACGGACUCCUUGUUAGGACCAAACGAUUUUGAACUACCUGACCAGUUAGAUACAAGAGGAUCCCGAUGGGUUGGAUGGAACAAAACGAUGUCAAUUGACGAAGAAGUUACACUAACCUUCAACUUUAGCGAGCCUCGCCUGUUCUACCACAUGGAUGUCCAUACUAACAAUAUGUUCACCAAAGGACGUCCAGAGGGAGAGCGUUGGCAGGAAGACUAUGUGUCCCACGAACCGAAGCAGGACAGGGUGUCGGAGCACGCCCGGAUCGUGCACAUCGAUCUACAAAAUCGUACUGCCAAGCAUAUUAUGAUGAAGCUCAGGUUCCAACAUGAGUGGAUUUUAAUCAGCGAAGUCAGCUUCAAGUCUGUUCCGACUUGGGUGAACACCUCAGCCGAGUUUCUUGAGGAAUAUUAUAGGAGCGAUAUUCCUCCAUCAUCGAGGAAGAAGAGGAACUCAUCUCUGAGGGUUUCAGUGGGUCUAGCUUGCGGCGCCCUAGUGGGAGGAGGGGCAUUUAUCGCAGCAACCGUGGUGCUCCUAACCAAGAAGACCAGGCGGAGGAUACCGAACGUACUAAAGAAACCAUUUUGUCCAUCCUUACGGCAUGGCAGCUCGAGUUCUAGAAACAAUCGUAGGACUCCAAGACUUGCCCUCGCCCUAGCAAACUGUCCUCCAAUACACAUGCUGAGACCGGCAGUCGUCGAUGAAGAUUAUAGAGAACCAUACAACAUUUGGAGGGAAACCCUCGGCCGUCGGGACAAACGGGAGUCACAUGAUCAACACGAGUACAACGAAAUCUGCGAGGACACAGAGUUCCCCAGACCCUACAUGAUGAAACGACCUGAUCCACAUGAAAGUUUCUACGCUGCUACUGAUAUAAUACAUCAUACGUACCCGGAAGAACGCUCUUGCCGCCGUGAGAAGCCAGUGCCAGGCCUCUUUACAUCCAUCAAACUUCCCGAAGCCGAGCCCCCAAACGGAGUGGCGCCCCUGCUGGAUUUCCCGCGGGGGCGCAUGCGACCGAUAACCUUCCUUGGAGAGGGCCCACAUGGGAGUCUCCAGAUAUGCGAGACCGAUGGCAUCGAAGAAUUGUCGGACGAGGAGUCACCGACUGGCGGACGCCGCCGCCUCGUUGUUGUGAAGACGUUGUGGCGCGGCUGCCAUAGCGAAGUGAAAGCGGCAUUUGCCCGCGAGGCUACCUGGGGUGCAGGUUUGAAGCACCCUCAGCUGGCCAGAGUGCUAGGCUUGAGCUUGUUAGAACCACCAUGCGCAGCCCUAGAUCGCGGAGAUGCCGCCCCCCUGCCCACGAUUUUGAGAUCGGACCGGAAAUUGAGCUACUCGAGUCUUAUACACGUAUGCUGCCAAAUUGCCGCCGGCAUGAAAUAUCUAGAAUCCUUCGAGCUAGUCCAUCGCGAUUUAGCAGCUCGUAACGUGACCGUGACUGAAGAACUCCAUGUAAAAGUAUCCGACUACGCAAUGUUCUGUGAAGAAUUCGUGACCGACUACCACAUUAUGGCUGAUGGUUCCCGCAUACCGCUUCGGUGGAUGGCAUGGGAAAGCUUACUGAUGGGCAUGUGCUCGCCAGCCAGCGACGUUUGGUCGUUUGGUGUAACCGUGUGGGAAGUCCUAACAUACUGCUCGGCCAAACCAUUCGAAGAGAUGAACGACGACCAGGUGGUCGCUAAUGCCAGCGAAUGGCGUUGUGGCGGACGUGGCGCCCGUGUGCCAGCCGCUCCGCCCCCGCGCUGCCGCCGCGAGCUCUACGAUCUGAUGCACGAAUGUUGGCGUCGGGAGCCCAUGCAGCGCCCUCGCUUCCACGACCUACACCGAUUCCUGGAACGAAUGACCCACGGCUACAAGCCACCCAACAACCGCUAAACACCACGAUACUUCGCAAUAUCAAGCAGGUUGGCCCGAUAUUCGAAUGACCUUUAUUUGAUGUUCGAUUGCAUUGCUCUAAGAUUUAUUGCAACAAUAUUUAACCGAGCUUCGUAAAUUUCAAUAUAAUAAUAUACAUGUUAAUAGGUUAAGAACACGUAGCAUAUCCACAGCUUUUAAAUUGUCGUUCCCGUAUUAAUAUUCCACACUGACUGCAAAUAUAUACUAUGUAAACUGCAGUAUUAUCUCAAACAGUAUUAAAAUUCAUGCAUUUUAUUAGAUUCUAAGAUUGUACGUGCUAAAUGCCGUACCGCUUUGCAAUUUUUCGCGUAUUUGUGGCACGGCCAUUUUGGUGACCGGGUCAUGAGUAGGCGGAAUAGCGAUACCCGUAAUGGGACUUGUAUUCAAAGAUUUCAAAAACAGCGAUAGCGCCUAUGUUUUAUAUCGGAUAUCGAUGUUUUACAACUAGGAAUAGAUUUCUGAUUGGCACUGAAGGUAGGAACGAACAUCUUUAUAGUAUUACAAUUCUGCGUAUAGGAUACUAGCGAAUCUUUGAGUAUUGCAACGCGAAACAGAAAUUUAUUUGUAGCGAAGGUACCGAAGUGACUACCAAUAUUAUUGUUUGCUUUUAUGCCAGUCAUUUAGUCAAUACAAUUUAAUCAAGGUAUCCUCGCAUAGUAAUGUUGGUAGGGGCAUCGUCACUGCGUAAUUUUUCACGCUGUACCCAGCGCCCUUCGCCUAGUGCUCUCAUGAUCUUCCACUAUCACCGCCUCUACGGCAAACCCCUAAACUACAGAUCACUACUUCAAUACGCGAAAAUGCUUGUAUUUUAAUCAAAGCACUGUAAUGUAUUUAUUACCAGCACUUGUCAGUUUAAGAGUUGGAAUUUGCGGGUUGUUGCUGUUUCGCAUAUUGAGGUAGAGGUCUUCUGGAUCAGAAGCUGACUGCGCAUUGAAGUUGAGCAUAUACGAUAGGAAUUACAUGUAUUACUUGUGCCCGGUCCAUAUAAUCCCCCGGGUGCAAAAUGAUUCCCUCGUGGGUUGCUGAUAACGUGGCGCGCAGACAGCUUCUGUUCCAUAGUAUAUCCAAAAUCUAACUCCUAUUUUUUUAACCUGUUUUAAAUGUUAAGGUUGUAUACUUCGGAGGUGAGUAAAACCUCCAGGGCAAUAUUAGCCCCCUGUGCUUCUUGUUUUCUUGGUAACUGGCACAUGAUAUAGGUUGGAAUCACACCUGCCUCCGUAAAUAUCGAUGUAACAAAGCGAAUUUUAGAGAGAGAGAAUGAGAUAAUAUGUAUUUUAGUAUUGUGACCACGGUCGUGUUUCGGCCGGGAAAAGGCCAAUUAAAUUGAGCGGAGAAUAUUCUAUUUUUGCUUUAAACUCAAUAUUUUCGGAUGCGGCAUGUGAUCUUAGGUCACAAGGUCUACAAAUGCCGAAUUACUAAAAUUAUUCUAGUAUCAGGUCUUGCCAUGUGGUCCCAUGAUUACAUCUCAUAGUCGUAAACAAACGCAUAAACAAACGAUGUUUCAAUGCCACAGUAUAUAACGCAACCGUUUAACAUGCAUGUAACCCAUUUAAGAACUAGUUAUACCCCUUCACUUCGCCCCAAAUUCAUCGACAGCAGCACCUAUAUCACUUUGCAUUAUUAUCGAUAGGCAUGUAUUAUAACUCCUUAAUUAAGCACUACACACUAAUAAACGAAUAUCACAGUUUGAAGAAUUAGGCCAAAUAACUAAAUUAUUGCUCACAUCGAAAAUA